AUGCAGAAAUCAGUAUCUUUUUCCUGUCCAGGAUGCGAGAGAGGAGGGUUCCGCAGCUUGGUGGAGGCUCAGAAGCACUUUGAGGAGCAAUCUCACUCUGUGCGGUGUAUCGUCUGCCAAAAGGCAUUCGGCAGCGGCAUGUCAGUCAUACAGCAUUAUCAAAAGCACGUCAAAGCUCGGGAAGCUCCAACCAAUACGAAAAAGCCCAUUCAGGAGAGAAAGGCAUUUAACCAGCAUUCAGCAGAUAUAAUGCAUUUCGGAGAGGAGCGUGAUCCGAUCAACUUGCCCUUUCAAUUGCCUUUGAUCGCAUCGGGUGUAAGUGAUGCUAAUGAAAUCGAUUUCAACACAAACACCAACGUCGUUCUGCACCCUCUUGAACAGUGUCUGAUUCUGAGGUAUCUGCGUUCCAAAUGCCAUUCAGAGAGCCGCCUUCGGAGAGAAGGAUACAUCCUAGGGCCAGUCACAGUAAGGAAUAAAGACUUCCCACGGAAGGGGUCCAUUCCCACUUAUCAAUUUCGCGAAACGCCGUCUGAGGAACAGCCUGGACUCAAGAGACAUGCCAUCGCACUCGAUUGUGAGAUGGUCGGUGUCAAAGGCAAUCGGCAAACUCUCGCGUUUAUAAGUGCCAUUGACUUUUUGACAGGCGAUGUUCUCAUUAGCCGCUACGUAGCGCCAUCCGAGGAGGUCAUUGACUGGAGAUCAAAAAUUACCGGAAUAACCCAAGAUGUCAUGACAAGCGCCACGAUAGCUGGCGCUGCAUUCAGAGAUUGGCGAGAAGCGCGCGAGAAUUUAUGGCAAUUUGCCGAUACAUCCACUGUUUUUGUUGGCCAAUCCCUCAAUUAUGACCUUGAGGUUCUGGGAAUCUGUCACAACAAAAUUGUUGACUCCGCCAUUUUGACUGCGGAGGCUGUAUUCCCAGCCACUGGCCCCACGGAGAGUUUACCUCGCGCUUGGAGCUUGAAGGCUGUGGCCAAAACUCUUUUGGAUUUGGAGAUUCAGAGCGGAGAUCGUGCGCACAGUGCUUUGGAAGACGCAUAUGCGGUACGCGACGUGAUCAUAUUCUGCAUCAGAAACCCGGAACAGUUAAAAUCAUGGGCAGAGCUUCGACGGAAAGAAGAGGGACAAAAGGGCAAAAAAAGCCGGCGCAAGAGCAAGGCCAAACGAAAUCCGACCAUGUCGUCUACUCAAGAUAUCCAGCAUAAAACUCGGGUGUUAAAGAAUGAGUUUGAAUACUAUAUUGAUGACGAUGACGAAUUUUGCUUGUCCGAGUAUGCUAGGGAUGCUGGCUGGCCAGACGGGUGGGAUCCUUGGUCUGAUUGA